AAAAUGUUCCCAACUCUGAUUGGGAAAAGAAGGUAACCGAAUACUUCAAGGAGAAAUUAAAAGAAAAUAAUGCUACUAACUGGGUUCCAUCCCUGAAUGAUGUUCCUGUACAUUACCUAAAACCCAACAGUUUAGUGAAAUUUCGCUGCAUGGUUCAAGAUAUGUUUGAUCCUGAGUUUUACAUGGGAGUAUAUGAAACAGUUGACCCAAACACAAAUGCACGUGUUUUACAUUUUGGUAAAUACAGAGAUGUGGCAGAAUGUGGGCCUCAGCAGGAAAUUGAUUUGAACUCCUCACAAACAGUCACCUCAGAGAGACAGACUUUCUACUGCGUUCCAGUGCCUGGUGAAUCAGCUUGGGUGAAAGAAGCAUAUGUUAGUUCAAGCCAAGCUCGAGUUAGUCCUUCAACAUCCUACACACCAAGUCGCCACAAGAGGAGCUAUGAGGAAGAUGAAGAUAUGGAUCUACAUCCAUCUAAACAGAAAGAGCAACAUACAGGCAGCGGAGGUGAUAUCCAUGGAUGUGUGGAGCCAAAGAGAUUAGAAACAGAAGCUUCUGCAGGUCAUCAUCUCAUUUCUCCCAACUGCUCCCCUCCACUUGACUUAAAUUUUCCAUUGCCAGGAGAGAAGGGACCAGCAUGUCUUGUAAAGGUCUAUGAGAGCUGGGAUAAUUUCAAAGUCAAUGAUGUUCUGGAGGUAUAUGGUAUUUUGUCUGUGGACCCAGUGCUGAGCAUAGUAAACAAUGAAGAGAGGGACAGCUCAGCCCUCGAUCCUAUGGAGUGUAUGGACACAGCAGAAGAACAGAGAGUGCACAGUCCUCCAGCCUCAUUAGUCCCCAGAAUCCACGUGAUUUUGGCACAGAAAUUACAACACAUUAACCCAUUACUGCCUGCCUGCCUUAAUGAAGAGGAGAGUAAAACCUUUGUUACUAAUUUCAUGUCUGAGCUGUCACCAGUGAGAGCAGAGUUGCUUGGGUUCCUCACCCACGCCCUCUUGGGAGACAGUUUGGCUGCUGAAUACCUUAUAUUGCAUCUCAUCUCUACAGUUUAUGCAAGACGAGAUGUGCUUCCUCUGGGAAAAUUCACAGUCAACUUGAGUGGAUGUCCAAGAAACAGCAUCUUCACAGAGCACAUAUACCGCAUUAUCCAGCAGCUUGUUCCAGCAUCCUAUCGCCUACAAAUGACCAUUGAAAACAUGAACCAUUCACGAUUUAUCCCACACAAAGACUACGCAGCUAAUCGCUUAGUCAGUGGAGUAUUGCAGCUUGCCAGCAACACUUCCCUUGUAGUAGAUGAGACUCAGCUUGAGCAGGGACAGCUUGACACAACAGGUGUACAUAAUGUGACAGCACUGGGUAAUCUGAUAACCUGGCAGAAGGUGGAUUAUGACUUCAGUUACCACCAGAUGGAAUUCCCAUGCAAUAUUAACGUUCUUAUCACUUCAGAGGGCCGAUCGCUCCUACCGUCAGAUUGCCAAGUCCACUUACAACCACAGAUAAUUCCACCAAACAUGGAAGAGUACAUGAACAGCCUCCUAACAGCAGUGCUCCCUUCUGUGUUGAACAAAUUCCGAAUUUAUCUAAGUUUGUUGAGGCUGCUGGACUAUAGUAUAUCUGAUGAAGUGACCAAGGCAGUAGAAGAAGACUUUGUAGAAAUGCGCAAGAAUGACCCCGAGAGCAUAACAGCUGAUGAUCUGCACAGAACUCUGCUUGUAGCAAGGUUCCUGUCUCUCAGCGCGGGGCAGACGACGCUGUCACGGGAGAGGUGGCUGAGAGCAAAACAGCUGGAGGCAUUACGGAAAGUCCGACUGCAGCAACAAAAAUGUGUUAAUGGCAAUGAACUUUAAUAUUUUGUGGCUGUCACUAUGAAAAUUUGUCUAAUCCUAGAUGGAACCCAUACUAAGAUUGGAAUAUUGUUUAUACCAGUUUUUGUAGAUAAUUUAUACCAAAAAGUUAUGGAUAUUUACCCUUGCAGUCUGAACACACUUAACUCUGUUCAGCCAGUUAAACAUAUUUUAUGAAAUUUUUUUGGAGCCUGUUUUGUAAUUGAAAAUUGGUAACAACAAGCAAAUUGUUUGAUAUUAAACUUUAAUACUGAAGUUGUGUAAACCUACUUCCUUUUAAUAAGAAGAAACUUCAACCCAGAAGCAGCAGGGGUAGGCUUUAGUCUGAAAUAAGUUUGUGUUGUAAUUCUUGAAUGGCUGAAUUCUGAGGAUCAGAGCUUUUGGCUAGUCUGCAGCUGCAAGAAACACUGACUUUAGUAGCCAGAACUCUGUCCUGUUGUUCCCAUGAGCUAAGGCACAUUGUCCUCACAGCAGCAGCAUAAUAGUGAUUAUACUGUGACACAAAGAAGUGAUUUGGAUCUGAUCCAUGACAAGGUUCUAGUAUGAAACACAUCAUUAUUGUACUAGGAGAAGAGCAGGACUUCAAAACUUUUCCCAUCUGUCUAAAUGACCUUUAUUCUGGCACUUCUUUUUUUUAAAAAAGCAUUAAGUAGAGAAUGUUAGUGAUGUGCUCAUGCAAAACAUACUCUCUACAUGACCUACUACUGCAGUGUGUUUAAAUUGUUUGAAUAAUAUCAAUUAAGCAUUAAUAAUGGCCUGUAUAUAUAUCUUAUGCUGUGCAGUUUGAGCUGGUUUUCAGAGAACAGACUGGCCCUAAUAUGACUUGCAGAACUAGUUAAACAAGGGUGGUUUAAGUAGUAAAAGAGUAGUUGGGAGUAAUCCAGAAAGAUGAUAGAGUAGUAGUAAGGCUGUUCCUGUGGAGACAGCCUGCAAGUCAGCAAUGGAGCUAAUUCCAGAUUUUUCUUCAACUAAUCCUUUUCUAAACAAGAAAAAGUUUAUAUUAAGCCAAUACCACCUUCAGUUAAUGCUUUCUCUUGACUGAUAGCAUAUGAAGAGGAAUCCCCUUCACUGCUUUUUGUACAUUUUAUACUGCACAGCCCCUCUGAAACUGUCCUUUCUGCCUCUGCACACUAACUAACUGGAGUAUUUACAGUAAACACUUUUUGUGUAUCUUAAACUUGAACUCAAUUUGAUGCCCUUUCAAGUCACAGCUUAUUUCUUUGAACACUAAAAUGAACAUUCCUGGUUUGAUCUGACUUGUGCUACAUUAAUAUGAAGUUAAGCAACUGAACAAAUAUAGGAAGAAAAUGAAGUCUCUCUCCCAGAGGCAGCCUGGCUGGAAAGCUGAGUUGGUUUGUGAGCCUUGCCUUUCAGGGCUGCUUAGAGGAUGGUUUUAUAUUUCCAUGGAUUAUUUGAGACUAAUCUCCAACAUUUCGUAAGUAUUGGACAACCCCUAAGCUGGAAUACUUUUAGAUCACCAAGCAGAAAGCAAUGAACCAAUACAGCAGGUCAGGAAUUAGUUUCCAGGAAGAUAUGCCUGGAUUCCUCAUUAAGCCACGUUUUUCUAAAUGUAAGAGUGACUUUAUAGCUGUUAGUACCCUUGCCCUAGAGGACUCCUUUAAACUGCAGAAGUCACUAUGUAAGUAUUUGUAUAUAUCAUUCUCUUUCUCCUACCAAAAUAAUGGCAAGUAUUGGGAAUUUCUUCUUUCUCCAGAACAUUUCAAGUACCAAUGCUGAGGCACUUUAAGCAAUGUCAUAAUAAAUAUGAUUAUAACUUGUUUUCUUUCCUCCCUUGAGGCCAGGGUUGCAGCAGUGCAACACUAGAAGAAAAGGAUCAAAGACAAGACAUGUAUGUGCCCCUUGACUGACAGGAUCUUAUGUCUAUAACUGCCUGAAGGGAGGCUGCAAAGAGGGGGCAGGACAAGAGGCAGUGGGCACAAACUGAAACACAGGAGUUUUCCCUCUGGAUGUCAGGGAACACUUUUUACUGCUGGGGUGGUAGAGUCUUCAUCCUUGGAGAUACUCAUAAGCCAUCUGGCCAUGGUCCUAGGCCACCAGCUGCAGGUGGCCCCGAGCAGGAAACCUCCAGCCAUCCCUUCCAACCUCAACCAUCCUUUGACUCUUAAGCCAGAGAAAGUCAGGAAAACCCACCCAUCUUUGAAACUUAAAACACCACAGUCCUGGAGUACCUUAUCCCUUAACAUCAUGUGCCAAAACACAACUUUUGAUUCCACUUUUUUUAUUAAAAUAUCUCAUGUAUAUUGCCCACAUUAAAAUACAGCAGUAGUUUAAUUUUAAAUAUAGCCACAAGUAGACAUUCAAAAAACCCAAACCCACAUCACUUGUAACAAAUAAAUAAAUCAAAUUUGCUUAUCAAAGUUUCAGACCAUGAGGGUUAGAUGAUAAUAAUUUCAGACGCACUACAAGUCCUAGGACACUGUACUACCCUACCCAUAUGACACUAUUUCUUGGAACACCACGUGCAGCCUAUCUACAGUACAUGGACUAGAACACGGAGGCACUGGGUCUAUCAUGGUGGUUAUAGUUACAAACCACAGCACAGUAAGAUCCUGGUUUACAGUAGCUUUUGGAUAAUGUCCUAUACUAGAAUGGCAUGGCAAGGCAUUUUUGGGAAAGAGUAAUUUAGAUAGAUUUAAUCUUUUGACACACAUAGAUAAGGGUUGGUUUUCUUUAUCCCAUUCUCUGCAUGAGGAGUGGAUGCUUAGCCUUAUCCUGCAAGUAUACAAAGCUUGAGUUGGUAAUGAAUUUGGUUUUGAUUAGAUGCUGACAACUACAUUUUAAUGCAACACUGAUUUUAUGAAACCAUACACUUGCCUUCUGUUUUAGAAGCUAUCUGGACUUCUACAUCUGGAGAGUUAAAAUAUAGCUUAAAAAAAAGGAAGAGUACAGAGGGACACAGUGCCUGAAGGUCAGGCAUCUGGCUUGUCUUGUUCUACACAGACAAAAGUUACAGCUAAUUACCAGUGUUUGCAAUUCAGAAAAAAAAAAAGGAAUAGCUUUAGCAUGGGCAAGACAAUUAGAGGACUUUUGCUCCAUUUCCCCCUCACCUCAAAACAAGUGAGGAAAAAAAAAAUACCUACAAACUAAAUUUGCACUGCAGGAUCGUGGAU